CUCGGUCACGACCAAAGUAAAAACUACGAAACAGUACCUUUUGUUUAUGUAUACUUACAAAAGUAUCCCAAAUGUAUUUAAUUAUCAAAAAGGUCCGUUUUAAUUACAAUCACUGAAUAAUCAUCUGGUGUUACUCUCUCUGCUCACAAAUGGCCGCAGCUACAACAACCUUAUCAUCAUCUUCAUCAUCACCAUCGCUAACUCUCAUCAAUGCCUCACACAGAUUUGUCUCUGUAACUCCCUUCUCUUCUAACUCUAUAUUCCUCCGCCGCCGAUUCCGCCGCCUAAAUCGCUCACUCGCUUCGUCUAGCUCCCACUCGCGUAGGCGAUACGAAUCAGACGAUAGAUUCUUCGGCGGUGGUGACAAUUACGAUGUUGUUCCCGAUGACGACGGAUUUAGCGACGAUGAUGAUGAAGAAGACGAAAGAGAAAGCAGUGUCGAUCUUUUGAUCAGAUUCUUGAGAAGCAUGUUCAAGAAAGUCUCGAAACGAACUAAAAAAGCAUCGCGACGGAUUUUGCCAGCUGCCAUGUCUCCUCGACUCGUGUCUUUUGCAGUAGAUGGGAUAUUGUUAUUAGGUUCACUUUCCAUUACAAGAGCAUUUCUUGAGGUAAUAUGCAAUCUAGGAGGAACUGUGUUUACGGUGAUUCUGCUGAUACGGUUGUUCUGGGCGGCAGCUUCGUUCUUCCAGACUUAUGGGAACUCUUUUGGACCAAACCCGGUAAAUUAAAACCUUGUUUUACUCCCAUUUGGGUGUGAGAUGUUGUAACUCAUGUCUUGUUACGUCAAUUGGUAAAGGGAAAUGUAAGAUAAAUGUGUGCAUUAAUAUAGCUAGGGAAUUAUGUAGUUUAUCAAGAGUUAGAAGACGAAACUAAGAAGAUAAAAGAAUGUUUCCUGUAAUGUUUCCUGAUAUUUGUUGUUCAACGUAUGUGUAAUUUUAAUGAAUACACCAUUGUGUUGUUAUUACUAUAACAUGAUGCAAAAAAGCUUUAGAAGAGUUGAAAUCGAAGGUGUUAGGCUGGAGGGAACAAAACAAGCUGGACACAGAGUUAGUGUAUUUGUCAUUCAUGAUCAUGUCGAGAAUACAAUGUGGUUUUAGGAGUGAUUUGUAUUAUUUAAAACCUUUUAAUAUAGAUCGAUCCUUUGUUUAUUUUCAGAGUUCAAAAUUUUACUCUGAAUUUAAUCAAAGAGAAUGUAUUAUAUUUGAAUAUAGACAAAUCAUAAAUUCAAUGAUGCUAAAUCAUAAAUUAGGUUUAUGUGGACACAUCAUCUUCUUCUUUUUUUGGAUCAAAGGGUGACAUAUCUUUU